CUAAGAUUACAAAUCGGCGAAAUAAAAUAAAAGAUGUCAAUUUAACAUAUUUUGAUCAGUGGGAAAAAACUACAAACUGGUUGAAUUCGUGUUUAAUUCACACUUUGUUUUUUGUAAUGGAGCGGGGAAUUGUUGCCAUUUUUUGUGGCUGUGUUGUGUUAUUUGAGAUUUCUGCUGGCUGCCCGUCUGACUGUCGGUGUUUGUUUGGGGACUCGCUUGUACAAUGUUUCGGAGGGCUGUCAGCCAUACCCUCGGGAAUUCCCUCUACCGUGAAAAACCUUUAUUUCUCCGGAACAUCUGCACAGAAAAAUUCUUUCACAAGGAUAAGGAAGAGUGACUUUGCAAAUUUUCCGAUAUUACAGCGCAUGUAUCUAGCCAAUUCUGGAAUCGAAUCAAUCGAGGACGGUGCUUUUGAAAGCCUCUCUAAUUUACGAACACUUGAUCUGUCUGACAACCAGCUUAGCUCAGUAAAAGAGGCUACAUUCCGAGGAUUGACGAAAUUGACGAAACUCGAACUAACAAGCAAUGAGAAUUGCGUGAUUGAGGAAAAUGCCUUUCAACAUGUUCCAAAUCUAUUCGAACUAUUUCUUGGGCAAAUGAAGUUAAGUAAUCUUCAGCCAUAUUUAUUUUACAAUACAAGGAAGAUUGUACAUUUAGAUUUACAUGGAAACGAACUGGUCGAAUUCGAACCCGAAGUUUUCGAGAAUUUUGCAUCGUUGAUGAGCCUUGAUUUAGUGGGAAACCGGUUGAUAGCUCUUCCCUCCUUUACGUAUCAGCAAAUGGUCACUCUGAAAAGCCUGUACACAGACGGAAAUGCGUGGCAUUGUAAUUGUGAAAUGAAUGCAUUAAAGAAAUGGACAAACAUUAAAGGGGUUGUUAUUUGUGAUUCGCCGAAAAAGCUGGAAAAUAGAAACCUUAUGCUCAUCCCAGACAGCGAAAUGCUGUGUAUCCCACCGUACAACGCAACAUGCGAAAGGACUUCGAUCAUCGUGAAUGAAACGGAACCAAUACGCGUAAACUGUCGAUUCAACGGCGGAGAUCCACGGCCCUAUCCUAUAUGGAACAAACCGAGCGGUGAAGAACUUUUAGUAAAGAACUCGACGAAUUCCUCCCACAUCGUGCUCACGGACGGAAGUCUGUUGAUUCCAUCGUCUGUCGAGAGUGAUUCCGGCGACUGGACUCUGACGGUCACGAACACACACGGAAAUGAUAUCAAAGUGGUGGUUCAUAUCGAGGUAAGAAUCAUCACCACUACCACCACAACCACAACGACCACUAGCACGACAACCACUACCACUCCGACUACCACCACUACGACCGCUUCCACGACCACUACGACAACUCCUACAACAACUCCUACGACCACCACCACUACGACCACGACACCACAACCGACCACAACAACAACAAUAAAAACCACCACAACCACAACUCCAACAAAAAGUACGACUACCAACAACGCGUCUAAAACACCGUCCAAACCUAAAGACGAUCUGGAAAAGAUCGGCGUUAUUUUGACCAUAGUCGGAGGCAGUUCGCUGCUUAUUACCUCGAUCUGUAUUGCUAUCAUGUACUUUGCGUUUUGUAAAAAACCGCCGGGACAGCCUUACUCGGGGCCAGUCAAGAAGAACAGAGUGGGGAGAAAACCAAGUUACGACUUCCGAAAAGCGGAACGAAACACAAACGCUUUCACCAUUAUUGAAACCCUAUCCGAAUUCUGAGUUGGGGAAAAGACUCCGAAUUUAUAGAAACACAAAAACAACUCGCUUUAUGUGGCAGGAAAAACGUUCCGGGUAGUGUACUGACGACAAGUUUUAUUUAUGUGUCAGAUGGUGUUUAUAACGUGGAAUUACAUUGUUCAUGUAUUUUAUUAUUGUUAAAGAUUUGCUCAAUAUACAAGUGUACUUGCUAGUCGAUAGCACAUUUAUCAUUGUUAGAAGUCCAAGCGUAGAAACAUAGACAUUCACUGUUUCAUUUAAGACGUGAUACAUUACCUAUCAUAGCAUGGUUCUACCAAAGAUUCCUCACUGCUGAAAAGUUACAAAUAUAGGUAGUUUAUCCUAAAUUCAGGAUAGGUGUAGCUAUUCAAUUACAAGUGUAUUCUUGUUCCUUAUAUGUGUUUUUAUUUACUUUUGAAAUAUUAUUUUAUGGUUAUUGAAACUAGAUUUUGCUGUUUGUUCAUUCAAAUUUUUUAAUUAUGUGUGAUUCUAUUUCAUUGUCGUAAUUUACAUGUAGAUUAUUUUAUUCAUUGUCCAAAUCAGGGGUUCUCAUUGAUAUUAUCAGCUUGAUUUCUGAGAUUCUUUGUUUCAAUCAAAUAUGUCAAUCCUUGUUUUAUUGUGUGCGCGAAAAAAAAUCCCACAUAUUACGUGCAUUGAUUUGAUGCAAAAAAUACUUUGUUUUCUUUGUUUUCUUUUAUUGUUGAUGUGGAUAUUUUCUAAUAAAUGCACAAAUUAUCAAAA